UCCCCACUUUGUCACUCUGCUGACCACCCUGACUGUGUCGUUGAAUUUCGACAGAAGGUUUUCAUCGUGACACACCCAACCAUGGACAGGAAGAGGAAGUGGGUGCCGGGCUUUGGAGCUGUGCUACUCAUACUCAUGAGUCACAUGACCUCAGCGCUGGAAGUGCCUCUUGAUCCUAAAGUACUGGAAGGAUUACCCCAACCCCCCACUAUAACGCUACAGUCCCCAAAGGAUUACAUCUUUGAUCCGCGGGAGAACAUUGUCAUCCACUGUGAGGCCAAGGGGAAGCCUCAUCCCAGCUUUUCAUGGACAAGAAACGGGACCCACUUUGAUGUAGAAAAAGACCCCAAAGUCCUGAUGAAGCCCGGUUCAGGAACUCUGGUCAUUGACAUCAGCGGGGAAAAGGCUGAGGCUUAUGAAGGAACAUACCAGUGCACAGCACACAACGAGCACGGCACAGCUGUAGCAAACAGUAUUGUCAUCAGACAGUCCAGGUCCCCCUUGUGGUCGAAGGAGAGAAAUGAGGCCAUCGUGGUGCAGAUGGGGGUCUCCCUAGUGCUGCAGUGCCGACCCCCUGCAGGGCUGCCCCCUCCUGUCAUCUUCUGGAUGGAUAACAAUUUCCAGAGGUUACCGCUGGAUAAACGAGUGUCCCAGGCUCUGAAUGGGGACUUGUACUUUUCAAAUGUUCUCCCAGAAGACAGCAGGCCUGACUACAUCUGUUAUGCCCGCUUCCCUCACACUCAAACCAUCCAGCAGAAACAGCCUAUCUCAGUCACCGUGCUGGACAACAGCCCAGAGGGGGAGCAUCGCCCCGGUUUCAUGAUGCCUCUGGGCACCACCAGCAACAAGAUGGUUCUGAGAGGGGAGAUUCUGGAGCUGGAAUGCAUUGCUGAGGGCUUGCCCACUCCAGAGAUCUCCUGGCAGAAAGAUGGAGGAGAGCUGACGGGCAGUAGGACGUCCUUUCAAAACUUUCAGAAAACACUCAAGAUUUCGGAUGUGAAUGAAGCUGAUGCAGGGGACUACCGCUGUGCAGCCACAAACAAACUUGGCACUGCACACCACGUCAUCAAGGUCACUGUCAAAGCGGCUCCUUUCUGGGUCAGCGCUCCCAGGAACCUGAUCCUCGCCCCGAAUGAGACUGGCAUCCUCACUUGUCGAGUCAAUGGAGAACCCAAACCGAAGAUCACCUGGUUUGUCAAUGGAGUCCCUAUAGAGAAUGCACCGGAGGACCCUGGUCGGAAGGUGGAUGGCGACACUGUGAUUCUUAGCAACGUGAAGUCAGGCUCCAGUGCUGUCUACCAGUGUAAUGCAUCCAAUGAAUUUGGGUACCUGCUGGCAAAUGCUUUUGUCAAUGUUCUCGCUGAGCCUCCAAGGGUGCUCACUCCACCCAACCGAGUAUACCAGGUCAUCACCAACAAUCCUGCAUUACUUCACUGCGCCUCCUUUGGCUCACCAAUACCAACCAUCACAUGGUUCAAAGACAGUCAGACCAGCGUUAAGAAUGGUGACCCUUAUGUGAUCCAUGAGAAUGGUACAUUGGAGAUCCAUGUGGCCCAGCCUCUGAACAGUGGAAAGUACACCUGCAUUGCCACCAACAACCUGGGGAUCAAAGAGAAUCAUGUCUACCUGGAGGUUAAAGAGCCCACCCGUAUCCUGAAACAGCCAGAGUACAAGGUGGUGCAGAGAGGAAUGAGUGCCGCAUUCGAGUGUAAAGUCAAACACGACCCAUCCCUCAUUCCCACCAUGACUUGGCUCAAAGACAAUGGAGAGCUGCCCGAUGAUGAGAGGUUUGUGGUGGACAUGGAAAGUCUGAUCAUCAAAGACGUGACAGAUGGAGAUGAGGGCACCUACACCUGCAUCAUGAACACCACCUUGGACCAGGACUCAGCCAGUGCCAUGCUGACUGUCGUAGAGGCUACACCUACUCCAGCUAUUGUCUACGAGAAACCUGACCCUCCAACUGACCUGGAACUGACUGACCAGACAGAGAGGAGCGUUCAGCUCACCUGGAUCCCUGGAGAUGAACACAACAGUCCCACCGAGAAGUUUCUGAUUCAAUAUGAGGAUCUGCUCCACCAGCCAGGAGUUUGGAUCAACCUGACAGAGGUUGAUGGUACUGGCACUACCGCACAGUUAAACCUCUCUCCAUACGUCUACUACUCCUUCAGAGUCCUAGCCAAGAAUCAUGUUGGCUACAGCGACCCUAGCCUGCCCUCGAGCCAAUACAGAACAAACCCUGCAGCUCCUGAUGAAAAUCCAUCAGAUGUUCAAGGAGUAGGAAUAGAGCCUGGCAACUUAGUUAUCUCCUGGACACCACUGACAGGAUUUCAGUCUAAUGGGCCCAGUCUGCAGUACAAAGUACAGUGGAGACAGAAAGACUCAGAUGAGGAUUGGAUUGAAAGGACUGUGGCCAACGUUUCCCAGAUUGUUGUGUCUGGAACUCCAACCUAUGUGCCCUAUGAGAUCAAGGUUCAAGCUUUGAAUGAUUAUGGCUAUGGGCCAGAGCCUGGAGCAGUGAUUGGAUACUCAGGAGAGGACUUGCCUUCAUCUGCUCCUGAUAGUGUGCAGAUCAUGGUUCACAACAGCACACUUGCAGAAGUACACUGGGAGCCAGUAUCUUUACCCUCUGUCAGAGGGAAACUACAGGGAUACAAGGUAUACUACCGCCGCGAGCGCGGCUUGCAUGAGACAGAAGUGGAGACGGAGCAGCAGGAGCAGGUUUUGACAUUUAGUGGGAAUCGUAGUGAGGGACGUCUGCCAGGCCUCGAGCCUUACAGUCUCUACAACCUCUCCAUCAGGGUCCUUAAUAACAAAGGAGAAGGGCCUCCUAGCCCCAGCAAGAGGUUCGAGACACCUGAGGGAGUCCCAGGGCCUCCUGCUUUUCUGAAUGUCAUAAACCCUGGUUUGGACUCUCUCACUCUUGAAUGGGGCCCACCAAUGAAAAACAAUGGACGUCUUGCUGGAUACAUACUGAAAUACCAACCAGUCAACAACACCAAUGAACUGGGACCAGUUAAGGUCAAGAACUUCCUAGCCAAUGAGACCACCUUUACCUUGGACAACCUGAAUUCCAGCAUGCUCUACAGGUUUACUUUAAAUGCAAAGACAAUCAAGGGCUCUGGCCCCACCAUCACAGAGGAGUCCUUCACAGCCAUGGACACAAUGCGUACUCAGCCCACUGUAGAGGCGGGCAAAGGCCCCACAGAGCCCCCUCACCCAACCUCCCCCAUCACUCAGUCUCCGCCUCCCCCGUUUCACAAGGUGGCACCUAUAGGCCCUGCGUUUGGCACAGUUAACACAUCUGUGUCGGAGGACGGUGCAGUGAUCAGUUGGGAUUACUUUGGACACCAUAAGAAUGUAUAUGUGGAAUAUAUUGUAGAAAACAGUAAAGAGGACUGGAAAAAGGAGUUGGUUAACGGUUCACACUGGCAUAUGAUAAAAGGUUUAAAGCCGGGGACGUCCUAUAGAGUGCGCGUGGUAGCUAGAGACCCGGCCGACCCGACUGUCCACAGCACUGGGGAAGUGUUGGUUGCGGUGCCAGCUGUACCCAGCCGGCAGGUUGACAUUGCCACCCAGGGAUGGUUUAUUGGACUGAUGUGUGCCAUUGCUCUUCUCAUCUUGGUCCUACUCAUAGUGUGCUUCAUCAAGAGGAACAAGGGUGGCAAAUACCCUGUGAAAGAGAAAGAAGAUGCUCACCAAGACCCCGAGAUCCAGCCCAUGAAGGAGGAUGAUGGGACGUUUGGAGAGUACAGUGACACAGAGGACCACAAGCCGCUGAAGGGCAGUCGGACGCCGUCCAAUGGGACGGUGCGCCGUGACGAGAGCGACGACAGCCUGGUGGACUACGGGGAGGGCGGGGACGGACAGUUCAAUGAGGACGGCUCCUUCAUCGGCCAGUACAGCGGCAAGAAAGAGAAAGACACGCACGAAGGCAACGAGAGUUCUGAGGCCCCAUCGCCCGUCAACGCCAUGAACUCGUUUGUCUAACAAAGGGGCCGCGGCCUGGCUGCGAUGGUUGCUAUGGCCCACGCCUUGUCACCCUGGCAAAUGUGACCAUGGGGACUGUCUCUGCGGUGACACUUGCUAAGGUGACAGUCGUCGUGGACACCUACUCUCACCAUGGUGGCUGUCACUUCGGUGGCCAUCCCCAUGGCUGCCUGUCACCAAGACUGCUGAUAACGCCCUCAUCUCCACACCCGCCAGCCCCUGUCACACUGUGACCUCCUCUGAUCAACACACACUCAACAUGGCAAAUGACCGAACCCCGCCGCGCCCCAUCGAGCAUUGAAAGAAGGUGUGAAACGAGGGAUGCAAGGACUCUGAGAAGGAGAGAGGAAGCAAUAUAGAAAAGCAGAAGGAAUGUACCAGAAGAGUUGUACCACUCAGACUGAGCAGAAGUGGCCACGUGUGUGUGCGUGUGCGUGCGUGCGUGCGUGCGUGUGUGUGUGUGUGUGUUAGUGGCAUUUGAUCUCCUUUGCAAACAUACUAAACAUGAUGUAUCCAAAUAUAUAUUUUAUCAAA